UUUUUGAUAAUCUCUUAUAAAUUAUGUGAAAUGGUAAAAAAAAUUAUUUGAGUAUUUUGGUCUUUCCACACCGUUUAAUACGGUUUAGAGGGUGCCAGGUAUGACUAUGGGGUGUAACAUGUUAAUUUCACCAAAAUGAAUAAUAAAGCCAAGCCCAUAGUUUCAAUUACCAUCAAUAAAACGUACUGGUCUUCCCUAAUUUACUCUUUUAUUCUUCUUCUUCUUGGUUCUUGCUCUCUCCUUUCCGAUUCAUCGAGCAACGAACAUCAUCAAUCUCAACGGCACAUUGUUGUAGAAGAACACAAAAGACUGUUCUUAAACCCCACACCAGAUCGUUUCAAUGAUUGAACCCUACAACAAGCUUGUUAAACUAGCUGCAAGAGCUUUCUAUGACGAUCUUACCAACAAAGGAGAUAAUCAACCCAAAGCGGGAAGGAGUGAUAACAGAGGAAUUGCCGUUGUUGUUCUUGAUGCACUCACGAGACGACAAUGGGUUAGAGAAGAAGACUUGGCGAAGGACCUCAAAUUGCACGCGAAGCAACUUCGUCGAACUCUGAGGUUCUUUGAAGAAGAAAAGAUUAUCACUCGAGAUCAUAGGAAAGAGACAGCAAAAGGUGCAAAAAUAUAUAGCGCUGCUGUAGCUGCUACAGCUGAUGCCGCAACUGGAAAAGAGGGAGAAGAAAAGGUCAAGCUCCAGACACACUCUUACUGUUGUCUAGAUUAUGCACAGAUAUAUGAUGUGGUUAGAUACAGACUGCACCGCAUGAAGCAUAAGCUGAAAGAUGAAUUGGAGAACAAAAACACUGUUCAGGAAUAUAUAUGCACAAACUGUGGAAAAAGAUACAAUGCUUUGGAUGCACUGCGGUUAAUAUCUUUUGAAGAUGAGGACUUUCAUUGUGAACGUUGUAAUGGAAAACUAGAGGUUGAAAGUGAUAAAUUAGCUGCUCAAGAAGGGGGAGAUGGAGAUGAAAAUGCAAGACGACGACGGCGUGAAAAGUUAAAGGACAUGCUUCAAAAGAUGGAGGUACAACUUAAGCCUUUAAUAGACCAACUCAGUCGGGUAAAAGACUUGCCUGUUCCAGAAUUUGGCAGUCUUCAAGCAUGGGAAGCUCGAGCUAGUGCAGCUGGGCGUGCAGCUAAUGGAGAAAAUGGUGGUGAUUCUAAAAUGUCUCAUCUGGGAUAUAAUGGAGCACCAUUGCCAUACAGUGGAGAUACCAAGGUUAUAGUUGACUUCAAUGGUUCUGAAGUCAAAGGAGAGGGUGUUAAAUCUGAAACCGACAGUACAUCUUUAAAGGUUUUGCCUCCAUGGAUGAUUACAUCAGGUAUGAAUCUUACGAAGGAACAACGUGGAGAAGUGAAGCAGGAAGCAAAAGUGGAUAGGACUUCAACUUCCACAGCAGCACAAUAUACAGAUGAGAAAAAGUCAACAGUAGUGCAUGAUGAUAAAAAUAUACAGGAUGAGUAUAUUAAGGCUUAUUACGCUGCUUUACUUGAGAAGCAACACGAAUUGGAAGAAGCUGCCAAAAAUCCCCAAGAUGGGAACACCACAGAUGAUCCUUCUAGCAGUACUUCCAAUCGCCAAGUUGGCAUGAAAUCAAAACACGAGGAAGAUGAUGAUGGUACCGAAUGGGAAGAAGCUCCUGUUAGAGGAGAUGGAGGUUACAAGGUGGAUUUGAAUGUUGAAGCAGAAGAAGACGAGGAUGAUGUCGACUGGGAGGAAGGUUGAUGAAAAAAAAUCAUAAAGGUCAUUAUUGUAUUGUCUAUGCAUAGUGUUUUGAAUUAUGAAUUGUGGGCAUCCCAACGUUUUACCAUGGUGUUGCUCAAACCAAUGAAGAAAUUGGUGAGUUCAGAAUGAUUUCAUGCUGUAUCUCACGGGAAAUUGUCAACAUAGAAAGAUAAGAUGGAAAUAUUUCAUUCUUCAUCUCCUAAUAAAUAAUUUUGAUUGAUAUAUAUCUUGUUUUAUUCAUGACUGGAAUUAUUAAAGGCUAAUACUCACCCUGUGUAUUUUCUUGUGCUUAUUCGCCAAAUUGUCCAUAUAAAAAGAAAAAAUGAAAUAAAUUCUAAAUCUAAUAAAUAAGUUUUAGUUGGUA